AUGGGCAAUGCAUGUUGCAAUCACUAAGAGAUUCAUUAGAAUCACUUCUCUAGCCACACAUAAAUUCUGAUUCCAAUGUGCAAAUAAAGUAAUAUUUGGGAUUCUUUCCAAGAUGAUGACGAAAAUAUUUCACCCAUUAAACAAUACAUAACUCCUAGUGCUGCAUCAAAAGUCGAUCUUGACUUCUCUUCAGACACUAAUCAAUCUAAAAUGAAAUAAACAAUACAAUUACCAGGUACCAGAAAGUCUGUGAAGAUAAGUUAUAAUAAUUUUGUAACUAUGAAACAAGGGGAAUGGAGUGAAUAAUACAGCAUACUAAAGAAAUUAGGGUAAGGAAGCUAUGGAAGUGUCUGGCUUGGCUAACACAAAAAAACUGGUAUACUGAGGGCACUGAAAUAAAUUAAAAAAGACUCACUUUUAUUUGAGGAUUAAUAAAGAAUGUUAUCUGAGCUGAAUAUCUUAAAAUCUUUAGAUCAUCCAAACAUCGUUCGUGUUUUUGAAUGCUUCCAAGAAAACGAUUAAUACAUCAUCGCUACCGAGUAAUUAGUUAUAUUAUCAAGAUACCUCCCUGAAGGAGAACUGUUUGAACGAAUUAAAAAACUACAAUGCUUCAGUGAGAAAAUGGCUGCUGAUUACAUUAAAUAAAUACUCUAAGCUAUAAGUUACUGUCAUGAUAAAAAAAUAGUACAUAGAGAUAUAAAGCCAGAGAAUAUUUUGUUGAGUGGUCAAGGCCAAGAAAUUAAGGUUAUUGAUUUUGGAACCUCUAGAUAUUUUUCAUCAAAUAAUAAUAUGUAGAAAAAAUUGGGAACUCCUUAUUAUAUUGCUCCAGAAGUCUUGAAUGGGCAAUACAAUGAAAAAGUGGAUAUCUGGUCCUGUGGGGUUAUCCUGUACAUUUUCUUAUGCGGUUAUCCCCCUUUUACUGGAAAAAACGAAAAUGAAAUUUUUGAAAAAGUAAAAAAUGCCAAAUUGAUUUUUGACGACGAAGACUGGUCAACUGUUUCUAAAGACGCGUUAGACCUAAUUGGCAAAAUGCUUAAUAUCGAUGUGGAUAAACGGUUAUCUGCAAAACAAGCACUCCUUCAUCCUUGGGUCUAAAGAAAUGCGAAAUAGGAAAUUAUAUCUCUUUAAUUAUUAAGCAACAUCGAAAAAUUCUAUGUCAAAAGCAACUUUCAAAAAGCUAUGAUGACUUUUAUGGUUAACCAAACUCUGCAAAACUAAGAAAUUAGUGAAUUAAAAGCUACCUUCCAUGCUUUAGAUAAAAAUAAUGAUGGAAAUUUGAAUAAAUUAGAACUGAUUGCUGGUUAUCAAGAUAUCUUAAAAAGUAAAGAAUUAGCUGAAGAAAAAGUCAAUUAAAUAUUAGAUGAUCUUGAUUUGAACCAUUCAAAUCUAAUUGAUUAUUCUGAAUUCAUUAUGGGGGCUAUGAAAUUCGAAAAAUUAGUUUCGAUUGAAAGAAUUAAAUUAGCAUUUCGUUUGCUAGACUCAAAUGGAGAUGGUUACAUAUCAAAGGAGGAAUUGGAAGAUAACAUGGGAUUUUUAGAGCCUGAAAUAUGGGAUUCAUUUUUAAAGGAUUGUGACUUAAAUAAAGAUGGAAAAAUAUCAGAAGAAGAAUUUACUAAUAUUUUAGUUACUUUAUGA